CUUUCGUCCAUUAAUUUUUCGGGCGUGCCACGAAGGCGGCGAGGGGCCGCGAGCUCCUCCUUGAGCCUUUGGCCGCCUCCCCCCCCUCCGUAAUUAUCCGACUCGGCCCAAGCUUGGUCAGAGCAGUGCCUGUUGCAGCGCUGGCUGUGCAGCCUACGAGCUGCAGCGAUGACGGGCGAGGCAGAGAUUUGGUACACGCGGAUCGAGGGCCAGAAUGAUGGAGGCAAGAAGUUGGCAGAAAACGUUGGCAAGAAGCAUGACUUUUCACAGGCCUCCCUUGCUGCCAUCACUACCAAUCUGAUCACCGCCGGCCUCGGCACGGGGAUAUUGAGCUUGCCUUGGGCCACUGCUGGUGCAUCUCUCUUGCCGUCCAUGUUGAUGACUGCCGCGGUAAUGGCCCUCAACGGCGCCACGGUCAUGAUAAUCAUCCGCGCUGGCGAGAGGUGGAAGGCAUUUGAUUUGGGCGCCUUGCUUGGUAACUUACCUGGUCGGUGCAGCCCAGCAGCACAAGCGUUUUGCAACACGCUGACAUGGGUAUCUGUGUUCCUUUGCCUUGUGGGGUACGUAGUUGUAAUUACAGACGCCCUGGAAUCACUCCUGACUGCCAAUUUUGCAGGAUCAGCCACACGGGCAAUUCUCUUGACUGUCAGUGCAAUGUGUGUUCUGCCUGUUUGCUUUCUCGACCAAAGGCACCUGACAUAUUCGUCCAGCCUUAGUAUUGCUAUCAACGUGUACAUCUUCAUUGUUGUUGCAGCUUUGAUCGCACAAGAAGGCACUGCACCUGGAAUAUGUAUGGCUGGUGCAGGUACUGGCCUUGUCACACUCUUCAGCACUCUAAUGCAGUGCGGCAUUCUCCAGAUGUGUGUGCUGCCCAUGUACGAGGAACUGAAGGGCAGAAAUAUCCGCCGCUUCCAGCGAGCUGUCAUCAUUGCGUUCAGCUUUUUGACGUUGCUCUUCUGCGCUUUUUCAGGCCUGGCAUACCUUAAGUAUGGACCUGGAGUUAGUUCCAACGUCCUCAAUGAUUUUCCUAACGACACCAUGGGUAACAUGGCAAGGAUCGGGAUGGCUAUCGUGGUGCUUGCAGUCUACCCGAUCAUCCUGAAGUCGAUGACUGCACCUAUCCACCACUGGGAGGAACGUCACUACAGCGGUCCACUCUGGCGUGCUCAGUCGUCGACCGUGAUUAUCGUCGCGCUCAGUGCUGUUUGCGCAAGCUUCGCAGGCCGACUGGGCACCGUCCAGGCGCUGAACGGUGCACUGCAGGUCAGCGCCUUCAUUGCAGUGGCCCCCGGGCUCACAGGCCUCUUCCUGCUCGGGCGGAGGGGCCCACUCUGGCGAGGGACGAUGCUCGGUCUGGUGGUUUUGGGAGCCGUGGCCUCUGCACUCGGUCUCGUGUAUACGUCCAACGAUGUGGAUUCCGUGGCUGAGCGCUGCGUGUGGCAGGCAUGAGGCCGCCUUCGCGGCCGGUUUCUGCGUUGCGUAUCAGUUGCAGCCAGUUCCGUUUGUAUGACGUGGCUGCCGGUUCCGUUUGUAUGAAUGCAGUUCCGGUUGUUCCGUUUUUGAAGUUGAAGUUUGCAGCCAGUUCCGUUUGUAUGAAGUGGUUGCUUUUGUUGUUUGGGCAUGCGGCUGCUUACCGCCUGCGUAUAAAUCGUUGCUGUGCAUACAUGAUGUAUGUUUGCGCGCGCGCGGUUACGCAUGGUCGUUCGCGGGUGUGUACAUCCAUUAGUAAUAAAUAUGCGGGGGCGUGCGUGGGCGAGUGUCAAUGUUGGUGAUUUCGCACGCACAUGCUUUCACACGCCUAGCUAAUGCCUUGUCAUUUCUGCAUUUGCAGGUUACUGUAACGCUGUCCUGCCAUCAUGCGCUAAGUCCCAAGCGCGCGAAGCCCAAUCGCGCGAAGCGCGCACGUAGUAGCAAAAUGGGCGUGGAGAUAUUAGUACAGAUGCGGGCACGCUAGCGCCGACCCCUGCACCAUGCUCCUGAUCGCGCUUGUCUGCAUCUUCACGUAAUCACGC